UCUCUCAGUCCUUCCACCCCCCGGCUGCAGGGACGCGACUGCAGAGCCCGCUGGGAAGCGCAGCGCAGCCCGGGAUUCCCCCGCGCGAGCUGCUGGCCAGGGAGCGGGGCGCAGCCGGGGACCCGGGGGGCGGCCGCUCGUGCGCGCUCUCAAGCCUGUGUCCGCAGGCACCGCCGCCCCCUCAAGAGCAAGAAUUUGCUUUUCUGACCUCGGUCCCCAGGGCUGGGCACGCCUUCCCCGAGCCAGGCACUCGCCUACCUGCUGUCGCUGCGGCCGUCCAGGAACAGCUCUGCAGCAUGCAAGGGGUUAACUAGCGCUGCGAGGAGGAAGCAAGUGCUAGCGCGGAGCAAUAGCUGUCGGUGGCGGUGUACACACGGCAGGGGGAGCGGACCGCACUCCGCAGUCACUCCCCUGCAGGAGCUGGGACCGGUUUUUUGCCCCAACGCCCGUCAGACGCAAGAUGCUGGAUCAGAUCGCGUUGCUAGCCGCUGUGACCGUCCUGGGAGUCUUGGAGCAAGCCUAUUUUGCGCUGCAGGUGAUCUAUGCCAGACGGAAGUACAAAGUCUCCCCCCCGGAUACAGCAGGCCCACCAGAAUUUGAGAGAGUCUUCAGAGCUCAGGCAAACUGCUCCGAAUACUUUCCAAUCUUUGUGUCUGUCCUAUGGGUGGCUGGAAUCUUCUUCCAACAAGGUGUGGCUGCAGUCUGUGGGCUACUCUACUUGUAUGCUCGGUACCAGUACUUCCAGGGAUAUACGCUCUCUGCUCAUGGAAGAUUGGGGCCUAUGUACUUCAGUGCCAAAGUUCUGUGGAUUUUGAUUGGUUUGUCCAUGGCUGGGCUUUUGGUUCACUUCCUGUCGCUCAGUUCUUUUGUGUGGAGAAUGGAAAUUCCAAGCAAACUGCAACUGCUCUUCCGGUGGUAAACAGGGCCUGUGACUGCUGACCUAAACCCUCAACUCAGCAUCUCCUCCAGCGCUGGGGGAAGAGGGAGAAAGUGGUUCUCUCCCUCCCGCCACCCCAAGUUAUCCACAGCAAGUUCCACGUACUAGGAAACCGUUUUAAUCACAAGUGGAGACUUGAGCAACGCUACAGUCAUUUGCCUCAGUUAGCUUUUAAAACCCCUUCUCUUCCCCCACUAAACGUUGUGCAUAUGCAUGUAGAAAAGCACAGGCUUGCUAGAGAGACGUGAUUAGCAGCACAUGCUGUUCUUCCUUCCCAUCCCAUGCACCCAGCUGAAACUAAGGAUUUUGCCACCAGACUCAGCUUUGGUAGGAUGUUGCUUAAGCUAAUAAAAAGAGGCUGUUGUAAUUCUCA